AUGCAGAGCCGGGGUGUGGUGAGGACUUGGGCCGGUCCGUCCUCCUGCUUGCUGCUGCUCUUCAUCCACAUGAGCUCACCGGUGGAGCCGAGGAGCCAAAGUCGACGAGCUCAGCCGCCUCAGGAGCACAGGGAUCGGGUGGGAGGAGGAGAGAGCUUCCCCUUAGACUUCACAGCCGUGGAGGGCAACAUGGACAACUUCAUGGUCCAGAUAAAGAACUUGGCUCAGUCGCUGUACCCGUGUUCUGCGCAGAAGCUGGACCAAGACAUGAAGUUGCACUUAUUGAAGAACGCAACUGUGACUUGCAACGACGGGUCAGCAGCAGGGUACUACAUCAAGGAGUCUAAAGGCAGCAAGAGGUGGCUGCUGUUCUUAGAAGGUGGAUGGUACUGUUUCAACAAGCAGACCUGUGACAGCAGGUAUGAGACGAUGAAGAGACUGAUGAGCUCCACCAAGUGGCCGCAAACCAGAACAGGAACAGGAAUCCUGUCUCCUCAGCCAGAGGAGAACCCUCACUGGUGGAACGCAAACAUGGUCUUAAUCCCGUACUGCUCCAGUGAUGUGUGGAGCGGAGCCACACCGAAGACAGAUCACAGUGAUUAUGCGUUCAUGGGCUCUCUGAUCAUCAAGGAGGUGGUGAAUGAGCUGCUGACUAAAGGUCUGGACAACGCUAAGGUCCUGCUUCUGGCAGGAAGCAGUGCGGGCGGUACGGGUGUCCUGCUGAACGUGGACCAGGUUGCAGAGCAGCUGGAGACGCUGGGCCACCGAGGGGUUCAGGUCAGGGGCCUGGCCGACUCCGGAUGGUUCCUGGACAACAAACAGUACAAAUUCACAGACUGCCUGGACACCAUCAGCUGUGCCCCCACUGAGGCCAUAAAGAGAGGCAUCAGGUACUGGGGCGGUUUGGUGCCAGAGAGCUGCAGACAGGCUCAUGUGGGAGAGGAGUGGAACUGUUUCUUUGGAUAUAAAGUCUUCCCCACGUUAAAAAGCCCGGUGUUUGUGGUGCAGUGGCUGUUUGACGAGGCCCAGCUGACGGUCGACAACAUCCACCUGACCGGGCAGCCCGUCCACGAGGGCCAGUGGAGAUACAUACAGAACCUGGGACAGGAGCUGAGGAGCACGCUACGCGACGUACCGGCGAUGUUUUCUCCGGCCUGUCUGUCCCAUGAACUCAUCACUAGAACCUACUGGAUGGACAUCCAGGUGAAAGGCACCUCUCUGCCCAGAGCCCUCCACUGCUGGGACCGAAGCCUCCACGACAACAACCACAUCAACGGCAGCAACCGCAACCACCAAAAGCACCAGACGCCACCAGCGAGGGGUUGCCCUCUGCAUUUGAUUGACAGCUGCCCGUGGCCUCACUGUAAUCCCUCCUGCCCGACUAUUCGCGACCAGCUGACGGGACAGGAGAUGAGCGUGAUCCAGUUCCUGAAGCACAUGGGCUUCGACGUGCAGAAGAUGGCCCAGCAGCAGGGGAUGGACCCCAAGAAGCUACUGGGCAUGCUCAAUAACGGGAGCUGAGAAGCUUUUCUCUAAGGUGCAGAAAUGUUAGCAAGCAGUUCUGCAGAGAUAACAAGAUGCUGAACUUCAGUGGAAGACAUCAGGAGCAUGAAAACUUAACUCUAAUGAGAAAACUGUCAAUUCUCCAAACAUUGUGCUCCAUCAACGACAAACAAGACUCAACUUAUUAAAAAAGGCAAAUUACUCAAAAACUCAAAAGUGCCUGAUAAGUUCUGGGAACGUUGAUUUGAAUACAAUCAAACUAGAACGUUGUUGCUGUUCUUGUUGAACUGUUUAAAUACAACAUAGACAGAUAUAUUCUGUAGACAUGCUAUUA